AUGUAUGGGCGCGCUCCAAGAGUUACCUACCUCACCGUGGGCAGCACCACGUCCGAAGUUGGGCCAGGAUCAUACGAGGUCAUUCAAUAUAAAACCAAAAAAUCAGAUGGCUAUGCUCCGUUUCUCUCACUCUCCAACCGGCCCUCAAUGUUCCACAGGUCCAGCAAUGACAAAUCCUUGCCUGGACCGGGACAAUACAACAGCUCACAUAGCAAGGAUAACAUUCUGGGAGGACAAAGUCUAAAGAAUCGAUCAAAGCGGUUUGAUGAGGUGGUGUCAGAAGUCCCGGGCCCUGGAACGUACAACGUCCGGCAGGCAGCAGGAAACACACUGAGGGGAGCUGAGAGUGAGCCUCCGGGGAAGAGACGCACCAAGGUGUGGCUUCAUGGUGUUCCUACUCGCCUCAACUUCCUGCCACAGCCAGACAUUCCUUCCAUCCCAUCACCUGGGCAGGCCUUUGGCUAUGAAGACAAUGGACAGGGAUUUCUUUGCAAGCAAAAGGCACCAGCAAAGGAUGAUACAUUAGGACCUGCUUUCUACAACCCAGUGGUGGCAGAAACCAGCUUCUCUCUGAAGUACAAAGGCGUCCAUUUUGGGAAGAUGACAGGGAAGCGAGGCGAGGUGAAGGGAGUAGAGGGCCCUGGACCAGGGCAAUAUGAUCCUGAAGAGUAUUCCACGACGGAGUACGAGAACGUCAAUGUGAGGAAGGGGCAGAAGAGUCGGGCCGAGCUGGUCGUCCCGCGCUACCACGAGAUUGUCACCUUGCAGGAGGAGAAGAAGGGAGUGCCAGGUCCAGGCCAGUACCACAUCAGGAGUCAGUUUGAGAAGCCGAGCAGCCUGUACGGCAAUCUACCUGUCUUCAGCCCUCCUUUCCUCUCUCAGGCGCAGCGGUUCAGUCCUGUGAAGGAACUGGCUCCUCCUGUAGGUAUGUACAAUGACCCGCGCUGUGCUCUAGAGAUCCUCAAGAAGACCACUGGAAUGCAGAGAAAUCCCUUUGGCCUGACUGCAUUUCGGUUCCUUCCUGACAACCGGAAACAGUCCACUCCAGGUCCUGGGGCCUAUAAUAUGUUUGAAUAUGGCCUGGCCCAGGACAGCAUGAAAAAGGCUUACCUAGAGAGUACCAGGAAGGGAGGCUUCGGUUCGACAGCCCAACGCAGUCUCGUGCUCCACAACAAUGACGAGGUCCCUGGGCCGGGCCAGUACAAGGUGGAGAAGAAGACAGAGGAGCUGUACAAGAAGCAGCACACAGCAGCAUUCAAGUCGGCCACAGAACGACUGGCCAUAUCCCUGGUGGCUAAAGACACCCCUCCUCCCAGCUCCUACAACGUGCGGGAGUCUUUUGAGAAGACGUACGGCCGCGCCUCCUUCUCAGGACCCAGGAGCGAGGGGGGCAGGAAACGCCAGAGCUCAUUCCUGAGCGCAGCACCCAGACACUCCUCCUUCCUGAGCUGCGAUCCGGACUUCCCAGGUCCAGGUCAGUAUAGUCCUGACAUCAAGUCCAGUCCCCAGAUGGCUCUGAUCGUGUCCAGAGAGGAUCGCUUCAAAGGCCCCAAGAACACCAACCCCGGCCCAGGCACCUAUGAGCUCAGCCCAGCGAUCAUGGACACGGUUCUGAAGGGCACGUUCAACGUAACCCUCAACAACCCGCUGAGCAACCACUACCCUGCCCCUCACCUACUGAGCGCCAUGCCGCCGCCGCUCACCCUCAGCAGUGUAUAG